GAGGUAUGUAGAGUCCUUGGCCUCGAUUCAAGUCGAUCGCGUUGCCCACAGCUUUGGAUUGACCCUAGUUGGCCGCCGAAUCGUCUCACGCCCCGCAGCAAGCGCUCUGCACCUGUGUGGAUUUUUCCUAUGCCGGCUGCAGAGCGAGAUGCCUUGGUGGUCCAAGCAAGUUUGCUCAAGGAAUAUGGUCCAAAAGAGAUAAAAGCGCUUAUGGGCUUUGAAAUAGGGCAGAUGAUUCUGAAGCGCUUGCCAGCUGUGGUGCCAGACGAAGUUGCUGAGCCAUUGACCUACGGAUUCUUGGCCCUGCGCGCGUAUGAUGCCCUCCGUCAGGCUACUGAACCCAAUCAAGCUUUGGCAGGUGCACCUCGCUGGAUACGAAAUUUGUUGGCAGGGCACGCGCACUCUUGGUCUUGGAAGCGACCAUAUUCGCAGGGUGGAACUACAGCUGAAUUCGAAGCGCUGGGCAUGUUGGUCCGUCGAUUAGUUCCAGGACCAUUGCAGCCACCGAUGUUUGCUGGGCUUGCACUCAAUAGCGACCAGAUUGAGCAUGCUCUACAGCACCGGCUUCCUCCGAAGCUGCACCUUCGGGGUUCUUCAGGGCCUUCACCCAUGCGAGGUCUGGCUGGAGAUAUCGUGCUUCUGGGGCUCUUCCGCCUCUUCAGUGGUUCCAGGGGCAGGUCCUACGUUUUGACAUUGGACCGCGCAGCAGCACUUGCAGCAGGGGAUGCGACAGCAGCAGCCAGUGCUCUGCUGCGUUCUCAUCGCCUUUUACCACCACAAACGGACCUUCGGAGAACGCUGGGAGGCGUUGCCGAUGCAGCUCAUCAGAGGCUUUGGGCGUAUCGCCAGGAAGCUUUGCUUCAAAACCCAAGAGAGCCACCCCCGGGUGUUCGGGUUGCGGAGCUGUUGAGCUGGUCCCAGACUGAGCAAGGCAAGCGGCUCCUGGCAUUGGCAGAGCUGCGGAGGGGCAAAGCAUGGAAGGUUCCGUCCGUGGUGGCUCAGUGGCCUCCUUUGUGGAAAUCCUGGAUGGGAUAUUCUGCCUUGGCGAUUCUGCUCUUGCCGUUUGCAGCUGGUGUCGAUGCUGUGUGCUGGGCCUCGUGGUGCAGUAUGAUUCUUACUGGCUUUGGUCUGUUUUUGCCGCUCUUGCAGUAUGUUGGGGCUCCGGCACUGCCCUUCGUGUCGCUCAGCACCUUGUGGAUCUCUCUAGCUCUGUACAGUUUGAUUGCUGGAAGCAUUUGGUGGAACCACCUGUUGGGUGGAGCGCGACGCUGGGCUGUGCUCAGCGGCCAGCUUGCGGCUCAACUUGUGGAUCAGGCAGAUGCUGCCACUGGCAUUGCCUUCCUGACACGAGAUUGGGCAGAGAUGGCACGGCGGUCCCUUGCAGCUCUUGACCAGGAACUUUGUGGAAGCUGGAGGACGAGCCUCCAUGAGCUGGCGCUCGCAUCUCAUGAUCUGAAAAGUUGA